UGCCAGCGGGCCCCAGGACAGUCCUGCUCCUCCGGGACACACCGCCCCGGCUCCGCGAGGGCUGGUUGCUAUAGCAACGCCGGGGCACACGCCAGGCCUGCGCGGAGUCAGCCCAUCCUGGCCCCUUGCCGUGUGGAAGCACAAAACGGUCCUCUGACUGUUUUAAAUGGCCCCACCGCCCUGCUGUCAGCAUCUGUGCUCUAGUGUGUGAACGUGGAUCCUGGAACACUGCAGGGAAGGGUCCCACUUCUCUCUCACCUCCCGACAAAUGAAAGCUGGAAGAGAUCUGCCAGACCAUUUAGUCCUUCCCCCUGCAGUCAUCAACAAGAUUGAAAAGGCCAAACCUAUUAAAUGUGGAACUUUUGGUGCUACAUCUCUACAGCAGAGAUAUCUAGCUACUGGGGACUUAGGUGGAAACCUUAAUAUAUGGAACUUGGAAGCUCCAGAGAUUCCAGUGUACUCUGUGAAGGGCCAUAAAGAAAUCAUUAAUAGUAUAGAUGGCGUAGGUGGCUUAGGGAUUGGAGAAGGAGCACCAGAAAUUGUGACUGGGAGCCGAGAUGGAACUGUGAAGGUGUGGGACCCAAGACAAAAAGAUACACCUGUUGCUAAUAUGGAACCAGUACAAGGCGAAAGCAAGAGAGACUGCUGGACAGUAGCAUUUGGCAAUGCCUACAAUCAAGAGGAGCGUGUUGUGUGUGCUGGCUAUGACAAUGGUGACAUUAAAUUAUUUGACCUAAAAAACAUGUCAUUGCGAUGGGAGACCAACAUUAAGAAUGGGGUUUGCAGCGUGGAGUUUGACAGGAAAGAUAUAAAUAUGAAUAAACUAGUGGCCACAUCGCUUGAAGGAAAGUUUCAUGUUUUUGAUAUGAGAACUCAGCAUCCAACCAAAGGUUUUGCUUCCAUUUCAGAGAAGGCUCACAAAUCCACCAUGUGGCAAGUUCGGCACCUGCCACAGAACAGGGAUAUCUUUAUCACUAGUGGAGGAGCUGGGAGCCUUCAUCUCUGGAAAUAUGAGUACCCCGCUCAGCGCUCAAAGAAGGAUUCUGAAGGAGUUGAGAUGGGGGUUGCAGGUUCAGUCAGUCUCUUACAGAAUGUGACUCUGUCAACACAGCCCAUUUCUAGCCUCGAUUGGAGCCCUGACAAAAGGGGUCUGUGUGUCUGCAGUGCUUUUGACCAAACUGUGAGGGUGCUGAUAGUUACGAAGCUCAACAAGAUUUGACAAAAAACUGAUUUUCAGGACGAAAGCGACAUAGUCUGAGGUGUGUAUAUAAAAGAGACUUUCUUAUUUAUAACUUGAAUGUCUCCUUUAACAAAGCUGGUUUAAAGAAUUAAAAGACAGAUCCUUCUAUUGAACGUUCAGAUAAAUUGAGUUACAGUUGUUUGACUACAUACUAUGCUGCCGUUAGUUGAAAAAAGUUGCCUAGGCUUAACUUUUUUACCUUCGAAUGUAAAUUUACCUUUAAAAUAAAAUGUGUCUUCUGCUUAGUGUGUUUAAAAUAUCUGCAAGUUCAGAAGUUAUUUUAAACUGUAUCUUCUCAAUGUAAAUUUGCUUUUUUCUUCAGUAGCACUAAUCUGUUCACUCUUGUUAAAUUGUUUGCUUUGUAUAUUUUUAUAAUAUAUUUUUCCAUUCUUAGUUAAUGAGGGAAACUAUCCUAUGAUCCAUUCUAGAAAAUAUAUAUUGAAGGGACAGUAAAUUUCUCUGACCUUACCUGACCAUAUUUGGCAGUGUGUGUUUGUUCAAGUGACUCAGAUUACUUCAAUACAUUUAAACACUUAUUUAAAAACUGAGGAUUUUUAAACUGAGGAUUUCAGAUUUCAAGCAUGUUUAAUGAAUGACUCUUUUCAUGGAGAUAGUAUUGUAAUUAAGAUGUUCAGCAAAAUGAGCAGUUUUUAUUAUGGAUCACUUUAUAUUUUUCUGUUCGUUUUUAAUUAAUUUGUUACACACUAUCCUACAAUAAAAAUGUGUCGUGUGUUAUUGUAA